CCUUAGACUCUAAUUGAUGCAUAUAAGCCCCUGAACUCUACAAUCCGAGCAAUUUUGCCCCUCCUCUCACAGUCAACUUAACUGCUGUUAACUGCCGUUUGAGGACUGCAUCGUGUGGCGAAAUGUGGCUGUCUCAUGCUUACGUGGCAAGCGAUGGAUACAAUUUUCCACUCAUGGACAUUUGCGGGAUACGGGACAAUUAUAAAUUUUGCGUGGAUGAUGCCCCCAUAAAUUGCUCAGGGUAACCUGCUUCUCCUUCUCCUUCUCCAAAACUUCAUAGCUUACCAAGGUUCCUUUUUUAUUUUUAUUUUUUUCCUGAGCUUACUAGAACAAAUGGCUUUGGUUUCAACCCAAGAACUGCCCAUGUAUUCUACUUCUCCCCGUGCAAAGCUCACCUUACCCCAAGCUGUGGUUGAGCAGAUGCCUGUGCUUUUUCCACCAACAUUACAAAUUGAUAGAAGGGCAGAAUUGACUAUGUUUAAUUUCCGAGGCCCUAAUGUGGCUGAAUUUGUAGUAACCGCAUCACUUCAAAAACAAGGGCAAGAUGGUGUGAGGGUGGUUCUCUUGGAAAGUGGGUGGAAGCCUGUGGUUAGGGAGCUUGGAUUGAGAGAAGGAGACACGGUGAGGAUUCUUCUCUUGGACAACACGGCGUGGACUUAUUCCAUUGCAGUGGAAAGGGCGUUCGAUCUGAACGAGCCUCCCGAGCCCAACAUGUAGAUCAAUCUCAACGAUGAAGAGUGAAGAGGGGAGUAGGAGACUGAUCUGAGUGUUACGUUAGUGUCAUACCCAUCCACGAAUAUGCAUUCAAUUUCUUUGCUUGUAACUCUUUUUUUUGGUUUUUUUGUUGGAAUUUUUUUUUUUUUGGGUACUCGUGUGGUUUAGAGUUGUUAAGAUGGAUUUGAUUUUAGUUGUUGGGUUGCAAGUGGAUGGCUUACUGUUUGUCCUAUUGUCCUAGUUUGUUUCAUACGUUUGAGUUUAUGAAUAAAACUAUCUAUAUAUA